AUGCAUGGGUUUGUGAUUCAAGGUAAGCUUCUUCCUCAUGACUCAGGCUUGGCUAACGUAUUUAGGCUCCUAGAUAGGGUUCAAUGGGCAUAUACGGUCUUGCAUGUUUGCGUCUUCUUUCCUAGGAUUGUUGGGGAGAUGAUCUCGAAUCUGUGUCACCGUGCUGGCGGUGUGGUGGUUCGUGGAGCUCACUACCGCUUUGAUCCUGAUGUGAUCAACACCAUAAUCUACCAUGUCUCCGAGCGCAACUGGCUUCAGGGGCCAGAUACUGAUGCCAUGAUCAAACUUAGCAUCCGCUUGAUCUAUGCUCUCAUCAAUCGCUGUUCUAUCAACUUUGGUGAGCUGGUGUAUGAUCAAGUUAUUACUAUGGCUCAACAGUUUGAUGAGGAGAAGAAGAUCAUCUUUCUGAACCUUCUCUACCAUGUUCUGUUGUUUCAGAAGGAACCUUCAAUUCUUCCAGAGAUGAAGCAUCUGUUUGGGAGGGGAUCAGUAUUUCGAGCAUGUCAGCUGACUUGUCUGCACUCAACAACCGUGGACUAA